AUAGAAUAGACUUCCUGGUUAGGAACGACAACUCUGAAAAAUGGCUACGGAAGAAAACCAAAGUGAAAGUAGAUUGUCAUCGGCUACCUCAUACGCAUUUCCUCUGAAAGAUAUUCCAAGACUUUCUUGUAAUGAUCGAAAAGCACUAGAAAUGAUAAGGAAAUCGGAACCUGUAAUACUUACAGACACAAACCUAGUGGCUUCAGCUCUUCACUGGAGUCUUGAUUACCUAGCAGAUCAUAUUGGAGAUGGUAACUUUACUGUGUACAAAUCAGACUCCCACAAAUUUAAAUAUUAUAGUGACAAGAAAUGCAAGAUGGUUAAAGAGUUCAGACCACCAACUGUGCAGAUGGAAAUGAAAUUCAAAGACUUUGCUGCAUUGCUGAAAAGAAAACAGAAGGAAAGAGACUGCAGUGAAAAGAUUUAUUUACAACAGGCAUUAAAUGACUCUGUAGAAAAGACAAUUGUUUAUGAUUUUGUGAAUUUCAAUUGGGCUUGGUUAACAGAACAGCAAACUUUAAACAACUGGGGACCUUUAACAUCAAAUCUUUUAUUGGUUGGUAUGGAAGGAAACGUAACUCCUGUUCACUAUGAUGAGCAAGAGAACUUUUUUGCUCAGAUUUAUGGUCAUAAACGAUUCAAAUUAUUUCACCCAGACCAGUAUAAAAACCUCUAUCCAUAUCCAGUAUAUCAUCCACAUGACCGACAAAGUCAGGUCAAUUUGGACUGUCCAGACUUUGAUAAGUUUCCCAAUGCUCGUAAUUUGACUGGUUAUCAAGGCAUUGUCGGGCCAGGAGAUGUUCUAUAUAUUCCUAUGUAUUGGUGGCAUGAAGUAGAAUCUUUAAAAGAUAAAGGAGAAACGAUAUCUGUCAACUUUUGGUACAUGUCAAGGUCAGUGGAUAAGGUAGAGCAUCCACUCAGUGCUCAGCAGAAGAUGGCCAUGACAAGAAAUAUUGAGAAAAUGAUUUUACAAGCUCUAGAUGACCCAGAGGAGGUACCAUCAUUUAUGCAGAUGCUUGUUUUAGGAAGAUACACAUAAUCACAGAGGAUACAACUGAACAUGGAUAUAUGUGUAUUUGAAUGAUACACUUUAACAUUUAUCGUUAAGAAAAAAUUUAACUAGUCAUUUUCAAUAAUCAGAUAAAAAGCUUAAUUUUUAUUGCUUGAAUAUUAUCUGUUGGUAGCUGAUUCUUUUGUAUUUAGGGUUAAAGAAUUGUAUGAUAAGCAUCUUUUUAGAGCAAAAUUUUGCUUUUUACCUCAUGUUGUGACAUGUAAAUGUUCUCCAGUGAAUUCCACCAGACCUUUAAUAAAGCAUCCCUUUUAAUGUCCUCAUUUUGAAAAUCAAACUUUUUUAACCAUGUCUGUAAAGUUUAUUCAGACAUUUACAGAUAUUCUAUAAGCUUGUCCGCUAAACCAUUAAAUAUUUUUCAAGUUUAUUUCAUGAAACCAUUUUAAUGAUGUAAACCUUUAUUUGUUAUACUCAAGAUAAAGAUUAUUUUACUUUUGUUUAUACAUGUAUUUUUAUACCUUACAGUAUAUAGUAAUUGAAUCAUGCGUCUGUCAGUCUGUAUGCACUCAGGUGGCAUUAUGGGAUUAAUGUCUGUGUUAAUUCAAUACAGACUAUACUUGUGAAACAGUUGCUUAUGGGAUAAAAAGAAUUUGCCUAUAGGGUUUUAGGGAUCAAAGAAGAUGACAAAAUAACCCCAUAACAUCAUCUUAGCAAGAACUUUAGUCUGCACAAGGUUAUCCUAAACAAGCAAGCUGGAUAUUUCUUAUGUUAGAUUUGUAUAAAUGGCUUUAUAAUUUACAUUUUCAAGGAGCUCUUCUGAGGUCAAAAUGCCUAAAAAUAUAAAAUUUUGAAAUUUUUAUAUGAAUCAAGUGAAGCGCUUAAAAUGGAAAAAUCUGCAAAGGGUAAUGAAGGGUAAUUAAAAAAAUAUACUUAGAAUUAUAUACUUACUCAUGUGGUAGAUGUCUAGAACAUUCCUCUAACUUUGGGUGGACUGAUGGGUCACCGAAGGUUACUGCUAAGAAUAGAUUUUACUCUUUUGCUGGUACAACCUUUAUUUAUUGAAUGAUUCUUUCAUAUUUUCAAGGUUAUUCCCAUUAAUACCUUAGAUGGUCCUUUAUGUUAGGUUGGAGUUUGGGGUCACUGGGUUCAAGGUCUUGCAUUUAUGUAUAUUUUAUUAACCUUUAAUGGAAAUUUGAAUAUUUUACAACGUCAUUUGAUAGAAAAGACGUCACUUGCCAAUUUGCAUUUUUUUUACAAGAACAAAGAGUUUAUUAUUCAGUCAAGUUAUAUAACUGUGUUAACAAUUUUUCUUGAGCAAUCACCUCUUCCCUAACUGAGGGGAUGGUUACAGGUAAACCUUGUUUGGUAAAUUGGUUACUGAUAUGAAUUUAGGCAUGGGGGAGGGGGGCAUAUGUGUUUAUCAAUCACAUAUAUGAGCCGCACCAUGACAAAACCAACAUAAUGGGUUUGCGACCAGCAUGGAUCCAGACCAGCCUGGGCAUCCGCGCAGUCUGAUCAGGAUCCAUGCUGUUCGCUAUCAGUUUCUCUACUUAUUAUAGGGUUUGUAAGCGAACAGCAUGGAUCCUGAUCAGACUGCACGGAUGCGCAGGCUGGUCUGGAUUUAUGCUGGUGGCAAACCCAUUAUGUUGGUUUUGUCAUGGCGCGACUCACAUGUUCUUGCUUUCUUAUUUACAUAUACUAGAGAAGGAAUGAAUAUGAAUUUUGUAGAUGAUUUGUUUUUAAAAGAUUUAUACAUGAGUUUUCAUAAAAACAUGAAUUGAUAUAUCUCAUGCAGCAGCAUUGAGAAUGGUUUCAAAGCAAUGCUGUCCUAACUAGUUAAGAUAUAACCUUGUUAAGAUGAAACCUCAUAGAUAUUAUGUACAUUUAUUUAUUGCAAUUUAUUUCUGUGAUUGAGAUACCUCUUAUAUAAAAGUAUAUUCCAGUAUUUUGUAUGCACAUGUUUUCAAAAAUGUUAUAAUCUUUCUUUUUGAUGAAUUGAAUAAAAAAAACAACAAAAAACCCACCCUUAUAUGUGCAGCAAGGCAUUGCAGCUCAUCUAAUUUGUCUUACUCAGUUAGAUCUACUUACCCAAAUAUAUGUAUUUUAAUGGUACAGAUAAAUAAGUUGAUUAAAAUGUCAUCUUACAGACUUAAGUGUUGUUAUGAAAAUACAUGUUAUUGUUCUAUGACUUUUGUUAAAACCUUUUGUUUAUUUACAAUUUAUUUUUUACUCCCUUUUCUUUUAGAUUUUACUUAUUGGUUAAGUGUUCUUUUGACUAUCUUUUUAUGAUUUUUUACUGGUGAUGCCUUAAAACCUCUUACAUCAUUGAAAAUAUAGAUUGCUUAUAUCAUUGAAAAAUACCACCAAGUGAGUACAUGUAAUUAAUGAUGAUGAAUGAUGUGAAAAUUUUUCUCUGAAAGUUAUCACUUAAAGUGACAUGAUGGGGAAAAAGGUGACUCAAGCUUACAUUUCUUAGAAUUAACCUUUUCUAGAUGAACUAUUAAAGCAGCCUGUAGCUUUUAUUUUUUUGUUGGAAAAUCAAUUCUUUGUUGUUUCAAACUAAGUAUUUCAGUAAUUUAUUUCGGAAAAGCGCAUCAUAUUAUUGUUAAGACUUUUUCAAAACAGUGUCUGAAGAGCUAUUUAUAGCAUAUCAGUGAAGUUUGUUUCUAAAAAUAGAAAAUCGGGAAGUGAAUUGUCCACUUAACUAAUUUACAUAUAGAGAGUGGACUCGUAGAGAUUAGAGGUAUCAAGGGGUUACCUUAUUGUUUAUAUGUUUCAUUGACAACAUAUUUCAUUUUCUACCUGAAUUCUUUUGAUUUGAAAAUUAUAUGAAACGAUUUGUCUUAAAAUAACAUAUUUGAAAUCCUGUAUGUUGUAAGUAUGUAACAACACUAAUGUGAAAUUUUAUAUAUGUAUAUAAUUUGUCUUCUAAAACAAUUUCCAAACAUCCAAGAAUAUGUUAAAUAUGUACUGCAAAUGUUUAUAUGUAUUAUAAGUAGUCAUUAAAAUAUGGGCAUUCAUUUCUUUUUGAAAAAUUUGGCUUAGACUUUAUCAAAAAUGAAUUUCUAAUUACCUCCUUUUAUUAACAUGAAAUGUAAAUUCGUUAAUAUCUUUAAAAAUAAUGCGUUUUGAAACUUACAAUAUUGAUAAAUCUUCAUUUGAGCAUCAUAUUUAUGAUAUAAAACCAUAAAAAAUUUGGGUUACAGGAUCUUUAACCUUUCAAAAAGCUUUAAGGUUGCUUUAAAGCCGAUGAAAUGUUAUUCCAGUUGAGUUCAUAGCCAUUUAGAUCUUGAUUUCAUGGCCAACAAACCCUGUAAUAAUUUUAAAGUGAGUCCGGGCAAAGUGAACUUAAUGACAUUAUCAAUAAUAUCAAUUUUGUCACAACGAUUAUGUUUGUGAUUUAUUUGAAUAUAAAUAAAUCUUAUGAGAACUCUAUAUGUUUAUAAAUGCAAUUCAUUUUUCCAUUAGACUUAUGAUUACUCAGUAGAUGAAACAAUAGUAUUUAGAACAAAAAAAAGGGAAAGACAAUAAGUCUGGUGUUUUGCCAUUAAUUUUAAUGCUUAUUUUAAAAAUAGACACUGUAUUUUGAUGUACUGGUUUUUCUGGAUUUUUUACUUAGCAAAAUUCUUGUUAUUAAAAGGCUUAUAGAUGCUCAAGCUAGUUUGACCUGUGUUGUUAAAUGUGGCUGAAUGUAUGUUUAAUCAUUUUCAUUAAAUUACCAAAAGGACUAUUUUUAACCCCAAAUAUUUGUAAUUGUGUCUUUAUUAUAUUUAUAGUUGACCCUUUAUAAAUAAACCACACUAAAUCACUUCAAUGGACUUGUCCAUCUUUCAGUCAAGAAAAAAAACUUGUACAGAAAAAAUAAUUAAAUAAUAUUUUCUGACUAAAAAGCAAAUGUGCAGAACAAGAUCAGAUAGCAUUUUUGUGCCGGCUGAUCUUGGUCUGCAAUGGUCGCAUUAGUAUAUUCAGUUACUGGCAGCAGGUCAAAGAAUAAUUGAUUGUUUCAAAUGUGUGUUUUUGUUUUUUGCUAUCAAUUAUGAAUUCUGUAUUUUGUAAGUUGAUAAAGUAGUGAAAUAACUUUUAUCAGCUUAUCAUAGACUGGUAUUUUAUUUUCAUCAGUUUGCUAUAGAGAGAGUUAUUACAUCAUCUUUUAAAAAAGAUGUUUGUUAUUUGUGAUAAUAUAAUCCAUACCAAAAAACAGUUGGGCAUAAUUUUUCUUGAUAUACAUUUCAAUGAAAUACAUGUAAUUAUUCAUAAAUGUUUACAUUGAUUGCUUAAACUUUUGAUUUAUAUAAUCUACAUACUACCUUUGCAUAAUACAGAUUUACUUCUUUUUUUUUUUUUUUUUUUUUUUACUUCUGCAUAAUCUUUUUAUUUAUGUUUUGUACUCCCUAUAAGGGCAUACAUUGAUAGUAACAAUGCUUCAGGAUAUUUUUUUAUAUCUAUCAGUCUUUCCAUUUUCAUUGUGUGUGUGUGCAUUUAUUUUUCAUUACAUUCCAACACAUAAUAUCAGAUUUAUUUGAACAUUUGCAAUACCAUUAUCCUAUUAAUACACAUAGAUUGUUAUUCAUGAAAUUUGCACUUGCCAUUUUAGAGUUAUUCCCCUUUUAUAUUGUACACAGUGAUGUUAGUUUCUGUUAAACAGUAUUCCUAAUUACAUGUACUUCUUUCUUAAUUUGUCAGUUUUAAUGGUUGUUUAUAUUUCUGCUUAACAGAAAUGUUUGCUUAUUUUAAUACUAUUAUACAUGGCAUAUAUAAAUUUAAAUUUAGUGGUGUUGCUUAUUUAAUAAAGGUACAAUGCA